AACGCUGCAAAUGUAAGCCUAUUAGAGCUACACAGAAGACCUAUUUCCGAAACAAUUACAACUAUGUCAUUCGGGCCAAAGUGAAAGAGGUCAAGACCAAGUGCCAUGACGUGACUGCGGUGGUCGAGGUGAAGGAGAUCCUGAAGUCUUCUCUGGUGAACAUUCCAAGGGACACGGUUAACCUGUACACCAGCUCUGGCUGCCUGUGUCCUCCACUGCAUGUUAAUGAGGAGUACAUCAUCAUGGGCUAUGAAGACGAGGAGCGCUCCAGAUUACUGUUGGUGGAGGGUUCUAUUGCUGAAAAAUGGAAGGAUCGACUGGGUAAAAAAGUUAAG